AAAACAUCAGUUCUAAUUGAGUUAAUUAAAUAAGUUCAAGUUUGAUUAACAUUUCAAAAUGAAAUUCAUUGCUCUCUUUGUUACUGUUGCUUUUUGCUCAACUGUUAUUAAUGCCAGUCCAAAACGAUCAUUCCAUACUGCAAGCAUAGUUGUUGACGCAGAGUCUAACCAAUAUGAUCUCUCAACUUCAGCCUCAUACAAAAAUGAGGAUGUCCGAUAUACUCCCACAACCACAGCAUCAGACAACAUCAACAAGGGACAACGAUUAGACAGUUCAACUUCAGCCUCGAACAGCAACAACGAGUAUCGAGAAACCGUUGGCUGGACUACAGUCUCAGGCAAUAGCGAUGAUCACAGAUUCAAUCCCACAACUGCAGCCCCAUCCUAUUACGACUACACGAGACUCGAAGAUCCACUGAUUCAACCCCAUCCUAUUACGACUACAACGAGACUCGAAGAUCCACUGAUUCAACCCCAUCCUAUUACGACUACAACGAGACUCGAAGAUCCACUGAUUCAACCCCAUCCUAUUACGACUACAACGAGGCUCGAAGAUCCACUGAUUCAACUCCAUCCUAUUACGACUACAACGAGACUCGAAGAUCCACUGAUUCAACCCCAUCCUAUUACGACUACAACGAGACUCGAAGAUCCACUGAUUCAACUUCAUCUUAUUACGACUACAACGAGACUCGAAGAUCCACUGAUUCAACCCCAUCUUAUUACGACUACAACGAGACUCGAAGAUCCACUGAUUCAACUCCAUCCUAUUACGACUACAACGAGACUCAACGAUACAAUCACUCAACUUCAGACUCACAAGACUAAUUUGAACGCAAUGCAACGUUCUACGAAUUCAACGAUGUUUAGCUUGGUUGAGUAUAUAAUACAAUCACUUUCAUGUUUAAUGGUUCUAUUUUUUGAAAAAAUAAAUAAAAUAUAAUAUUUGCAUACUGAACACUUUAAAA